AUGCCGCCUAUACCAUCUCCAAAUAUUCCCUUGCCACGCCUCAUAACAUAUUACCAGACACAUCAUGACAAGGACGGCAAAUCAAUCUCUGUCCUGCCCCUCCUCAUGCAGCCAGACAUUUCCAUGACUCAUGUUAUAGUUGCUGCUAUACAUUUAAACGGCGACCCAAACGGAAUAACACUGAACGAUCACAGUCCUAAUGACCCUCGCUUUCAGACGCUGUGGGCAGAGCUUCGCAUUCUGCAGGCGGGCGGCAUCAAGGUCAUGGGCAUGCUCGGCGGUGCCGCCAAGGGCUCCUAUGAACGCUUGGACGGCGACGAUGCCCAAUUUGAGCGCUACUACGUACCGUUAAAAGAGUUGGUAGUAGCUCGCGGCUUAGACGGUCUGGAUCUCGAUGUCGAAGAGGAAAUGUCGCUGGCGGGGGUCAGUCGUCUGAUUGAUCGCCUCCGUGCUGACUUUGGCAAAGAGUUCAUCAUUACAUUGGCUCCAGUGGCCGCUGCCAUGAUCGACAUGACUGCCAAUCUUAGCGGUUUCGACUAUGAAGCUCUUGAGGUUAUGAGAGGCCGUGAGAUUGCCUGGUACAACACGCAAUUCUACUGCGGCUGGGGCGAUUUUUCCAAUCCGCUCAUGUACGAUGUGAUGGUUCGCAAGGGAUGGAAUCCCAGCAAGAUUGUCGUGGGCUUGGUGACAAAUCCAGCUAAUGGCCCUGGAUUCGUUGGCUGGAAUGCCUUGACAGACACGCUGAGAAUACUUACUGCUCGAUAUCCUGGUUUCGGCGGUGUAAUGGGCUGGGAAUAUUUCAACAGCCUUCCCGGAGAAAACGCACGGCCAUGGGAAUGGGGAAGAGAACUGACAUCAAGGAUAAGAUCACAUUGUUUGCAGCCUAUUCAACCCCCUGCUCCUCCGCCAGCGCCUGUGCCUGCACCUGUACCAGCAGCGGUCGAGGCCGUGGGCGGUCAAACUCAAAGUGUUGCUGUAGAGGAGAUGGACCCAGACGCAGAGAGCGGUGCACCAGCACCAGUACCCAAUGCUUUCCAAUACUUUUCAGACAAUGAGCAUUAG